GCGUCGAUACACUUGCUGAAGCAAUUCUUUCUUCGAUGACCAACGUGAACUGGUCGGGAAUACCGAAAGGGUUAUUCUUUUCUGCUGUCGCUCGGCUUAGCGCCCUCUUUAAUUGGGCUUCUCUGAUCUCGUCUCAUACUCUCAUCCCAACCUGUCUCGCACACACUCUCUUCCGCGUAGGCGUAGCAUCAAUGGCGGAGAAGGAAGAAUGCAAGGUCCUCAUUGAGCAAUCUAGCAAGAACGCUGCUGAUCCACCACGCGAGGACGAGGAGGACGAUGACGAGGACGACAACUCGAGCUUCAUCGUGCUCCUCAACCUCGUCCUGGGCGGCACGGCGCGCCUCAACGUCCUCCUCCCGACCGCCACCAUCCUCGCCUUCGCCAUCUUCGCCCCACUCCUCACCGACGACGGCAAGUGCACCCGUCUGAACCGCAUCCUGACCGGUGCCUUGGUCGCUCUCUGCGCCGCCUCCUGCGUCUUCUUCACGCUCACCGACAGCUUCCGCUCGCCCUCGGGCCGCCUCCGGUACGGCGUCGCGACGCCCUCGGGCAUCCGCACGUUCUGCGGCGGCGGCCACCGGAGGAAGGGGCCGAGGGAGCCGGCGCGGUACAGGCUGCGGUGGUCGGACCUGUUCCACACGUCGCUGGCGCUGGUCGCGUUCGUGACGUUCGCCGCCUCGCACCACGACAUCGUCCUGUGCUACUACCCCGGCGUGCCCCGGAAGGUCGUCAACACCGUGCCGCUCGUGGUCGGUUUCGUGGUGAGCCUCCUCUUCGUGCUGUUCCCGUCCAGCAGGAGGGGCAUCGGGUACCCGUUCCUGCUCCGCACCGACCUCGUGUACCUACGCCGCUGAAAAGCCUGCAAAUUCGAUCGGAUCGCAUUGGGCUACGUGCGUUCUCUGCACCUCAAAUCUGGGGGGAAAAAUAGGUCCAACCCCUCUGCAAUUUGUGCAUUGCUUCAAGUUUAAAACGCAUUGCGACCAUGAUUCGUUUGAUUUGCUUGUAUGGAAAAUUUUAAUUUACAUGGUUCUUUACUGAAAUUUGUGCCAAAAUGUAUGUACAAACUUCAUUGCCUCUCCUUAGUACAAAACCGUGGAAGCCGGGAGGGAUUAU